GGUUUAAAUACGACUGGAAGCCAUCUUGAAUGGUCGUUUGACAAGACUCUUUCGUAGUCAGCUAAAUAUUGAGUACACCGUACAAAUCCCGCAAACGGAGCCGCUUUUCCCAGUAAUUCAAGGGUUGGACAGACUUGGAAGGACACAGAGGCUCAGUUAAGCUAACAAGAUGGCUAGCUGGAUUGGCGGCUAACACUUGAAAGCUAGCUCAGCCUUGUUGGUGUAUAGUUUUCCAGAUAACACUGGCAGAUUAACCAUAUGUGAAGCCCUAAUUUAAUUUCCAUGCUUAGAAGUCUUAUAAAGUUUGAAAAGAAGAAUUUGUCUCUUGACAUUUGAUGCUCUAACAUUAUUGAGGAAGAACAGAUCUACAAUUUUCUAUUAGUUAAUGAUUAAAGUAAAAAAAUAAGGGCAAUCUUGAGUUUUGAGUGGUCCAAAGAGAGUGGACUCACUUUAUCUGGAGACUGCUAAAGGUUUCAUACCUAUUGGAACAGAGCAAUUAAGCAAAAUAAACAUGAGCACCACUAGGACAGAGAACCCAGUGAUUUUGGGCAUGUCCAACCAGAAUGGCCAGCUGAGAGGCUCAGUGAAGCCCACUGGAGCUCCAGGAGGAGGUGGAGGAGGUCCUCAACAGCAGCAGUUAAACCAGAUGAAAGGCACAAUCAAUGGGAAUUCCCAGCCAGCCCCUACAACAAAUGCUGUCAUCAAGCCUGGAGAUGACUGGAAGAAAAAUUUAAAAUUGCCCCCCAAGGACAUGAGGAUGAAAACUUCGGAUGUGACUGCAACUAAAGGCAAUGAGUUUGAAGAUUAUUGCCUAAAGAGGGAGCUACUAAUGGGGAUCUUUGAAAUGGGCUGGGAAAAGCCAUCUCCUAUUCAGGAGGAAAGCAUUCCCAUUGCAUUGUCAGGAAGGGAUAUUUUGGCCAGAGCCAAGAAUGGCACGGGAAAGAGUGGAGCCUACCUCAUUCCCUUACUUGAACGCAUUGACCUGAAGAAGGACUCUAUACAAGCUUUGGUCAUAGUGCCCACCAGAGAACUGGCACUGCAAGUAAGCCAAAUAUGUAUCCAGGUCAGCAAACACAUGGGUGGAGUGAAGGUAAUGGCAACCACAGGUGGAACCAACCUUCGGGAUGACAUAAUGAGACUUGAUGAAACGGUACAUGUGGUAAUUGCCACUCCUGGGAGGAUUUUAGACCUCAUCAAGAAAGGAGUGGCCAAAGUCAAUCAAGUGCAGAUGAUUGUUUUGGAUGAAGCUGACAAACUCCUGUCUCAGGACUUUGUGGUCAUGAUGGAGGAGAUACUGGGCUUCCUGGCCAAACAGAGGCAGAUUUUGCUUUACUCUGCAACCUUCCCUCUCAGCGUGCAGAAGUUUAUGAAUGCGCACUUGCAGAAACCCUAUGAGAUCAACCUAAUGGAAGAGCUUACACUGAAGGGUGUGACUCAGUAUUAUGCUUAUGUAACUGAAAGGCAAAAAGUCCAUUGCCUUAACACCUUAUUUUCCAGGCUCCAGAUCAACCAGUCUAUAAUCUUCUGCAACUCCUCCCAGAGAGUAGAGCUUCUUGCCAAGAAGAUCUCCCAGCUUGGUUAUUCGUGUUUCUACAUUCAUGCCAAGAUGAGACAGGAGCAUCGCAACCGUGUGUUCCACGACUUCAGAAAUGGCCUGUGCCGGAAUCUUGUCUGCACUGACCUCUUCACAAGAGGAAUUGACAUUCAAGCUGUGAAUGUUGUGAUCAACUUUGAUUUCCCCAAGCUAGGAGAAACAUACCUUCAUCGCAUUGGUAGAUCUGGACGCUUUGGACACCUGGGUCUAGCCAUCAACCUCAUCACAUAUGAUGAUCGUUUCAACCUAAAAGGGAUCGAAGAGCAGCUUGGAACAGAGAUCAAGCCCAUCCCUGGCAUCAUUGACAAAAGCUUAUACGUGGCAGAGUACCACAGUGAGAGUGGCGAAGAAGUCAAGCCAUGAGCCAAUCAGUCCAUCCUCCUCUCCCUUUGUAUGCUUUUUUUUUUUCUUUCUCCCCAUCCCAAACAUCUUGGAUUUUUUUUUUUCCAUGUACAGUUUGUCUGUCUUCCUUUUUUGGAUGCCACCAUUAGGAAUGCGUAUGUUGAUGGACACUUUUUGGAAGAACUCAUCUGCCUUUAUUUAAGGCCCUAUGCUGCACCACAAAGUACUGAAGACAUAUAAGCACCAGGGGGAAAGCAUGGGACCAAGUCGAAAAUAUCAGUGCACAGAUGAUUCAUAUCCACCACUGACACAAAGCCAGCACCAACAGACCCAGAGACGACACCCUCCAUUCUCCAUGUUUUAUUUUCAAGAUUUAACCAAUUUGUAUCAAGUGCCUUAACAAGCAGUUCAACUCGUUCUAAAGUAAUAACCCUUCAUUAUCCACCAUUUAGCUCACUUCAUACCACAUGCUCACCUAAUUGAAAAUUUAACUAAUUUAAUGUCUGACCAAAAAGGUGCAUUCAUAACUUGUUUUGUUUGGGUCAUUCAUUUGUAAGGAAUGGAGAUCAUUUGGAGUGAGGCUGGUCUGAAUUAUCUUUUUUGCUGGCUUAGCUGAACUAGAGUCUGGCUGAUAAAUGAGGACUAACUUGGAUUUUCCAUGGACAGAAAUGCUGGAUUUUUUUUUCUUUUUUUUCCAAGAGACAGCCAGACUUUCUAUUCGCUUGUGAAGAAGCUCAUGCUUCUUAGAGACCCAGACUCUUUCCUCUGUCUUCAGCCUGGAAACACUAACAAAAAAAAAAAGGCAGCAAAGCAACACCACAAGUCAUGAGGAUUCCUGUUAAUGUGGAGUUUAUUUGGAGAGAGCGCUUUUUUCCUUUCUUUGUUCCUUGUUUCACCCUCCUAUGGAUGGCCAUACCUAAUUCUGCAAGAUGUGCAGCCGACAUGUGGGGUGCACCUUACACCUUGUGUAUAUACCUUCAUUUUAUGAUUGUUUUAAACAAGAGCAACAGGCUGGCUGACAAACUGGAAAGCCGCCCGCCCCUUCUCUCUUGUUAGCACUGGAGACCUUUUCUUUAACUGCCAGUUUGUUUGUUCUGCAUCAUUGGCCUGUGAGUUUAUUUAUAAUUUUAGAAAUUGCAAAAACAUUGAAAUGAUCUUGUUCAUGAAAUGUUUAUUUGGAGCCAGUUAUCAGUAACUUUUAGUCUCCAAAUUUGAUGGUAGGUGCAAUUUGUCACAAAUGCACUUGGUGUUAAAAUCGUUGCCCUUAUUCUCUUGCUACCAGUGUUAACAAGUGUUAAGACAUAUGGCUUUCUGAAGCUUGUGCAUUUUGAUUAAUUCUUUGUCACCAGCCUUGACUUGUGAAACUUACUCUUGAGGCUGAUUUUCAGUGAAAGUGAACGCUGGUGUUUGAAGAGAAAAUGUUUAACCUGUCACUUAGUAGUACUACUUGCUGCAGUGCAGCUGAAUUGGCGGUAAAUUUGUUUUCUGGGGCGAGGUGUUAGCUGUUACAUUGAUUUUUAUGUUGAAGCACAGCUACAUAAAUUCCUAAUUUUGGGCAGAAGCUGUUUAUUCCCCUUUUGAAGAAUGUCGGCUGAAAGCAUUAAAAUUACCCAACUGACCUAAAAUGUAGCAGGAAAUAAUCCUCUGUUCUUUGCAAGUUAGUCGACUUUCUAAAAACUGACUAACAUAAGAUUCAUCAUUCAAAUCGACCUGAGCAGGUUGGGUUGCACUUAACAGAGAGGUGGUUUCAGCCAGCUUCUCGAACUGGACUGCUAUUUUUGUACACUCACAACGCCCAGGUGGGAGAAGUAAAUUGUGCUGUAGACACUUUGGGAAAAUUGGCAUUGUGGGGGGAAUGGGCAUGAUGGAUUAUAAAAAUGUUUUGGGCACCCCAGCCCGCUAAAUUUAUGGCUCAUUUCUCUGCCCUGGCUUUAUUUUAGGGUUUUGGAUUAUUUAUAAGCAGCAUAACCUUUUUAUUUGCAUUAAGGUUCUCUGAACAUUUUUGUUCAGUUUGAAACGUUUUUGCCAAAGAGGUUCCCUUUUUGUCCUGGUAAGAUGCUUUUUGACUGUUCUAAUCAUUGAGAUGUACAACUAUUUUAAUUUCAGCUCAUUUCCAAAGUGUGGUGGGGAUUAUGAUUACUCCUGUUUCUCACUGGUUAGAACUAAGAUCCCCGUUCUCUCAGUUCUUCGUCCCAGAAAUACUUGCACAUCUGAUUUGAGAAUAAUUUUGGGUGGGAGGUCUUUAUUUAUACAAUAAAAAUAAUCCAAAUUAAGUGAAGCCUGGCUGAGGGGACGGAGAUCUGUGCAGACAUUUGGCAGCUGUCUGUUUUUUUUUUUUCUUUUUUUUUUUUUUUUUCUUUUUUACUGCCAGCUGUCUGGCAGUAAUCGCCAAUGUUCAAGUUUCAUGGUUAAAUCUUCAGUCCUUGAAGAUUUAGUGUGGCGACUGAUCGAUGGUUUACAGCGUUACUGCCAGAAGCCGGCCAUUUGAGAACCUUCGAGACUGAGACAAGAGCAUCUUACUCCAGAUUGGGUGACUAAUUGCGUAGCUUCUGCAACCAAAUUGUCUCAUUCUUUAAGGUCUUUUAAAAAUUUGUUGGGUGGGUAAUUUGGUGCGCUUGCUGCCCUGAUGCAUCGGUUCAUCCUCUAGAUUGUUGACACAUUAAUGAUGCACAGCUUUGUGCGCGAUUUGGCAGUCCCAUCAUUUACGAUCAAGAGAAUGCGUGAGGAGUCCUUUUUACGAUUUCCCUCCAAACUGAUGCAUCAGUAAAGUUAAACUGGGAGGGAUCGAUGGGCACUUUAAAACAAGAUGCUGUGAUUUAAAGAAAAAAAAAAAAAUCCAGAGUAUUGGAUAGGGGUGUGAAAAGAUUUCAGAGUUGCCCUUAGAUUUUUGUUUAAUUAAGGAAUUAAGUGGAGUACAGCUUUACUUAAAGUCUCAAAAUUUAAGAGAAUUUAAAACCUGAGUUAAUUUCUUCUAUUUGGAUUUUUUUUGAUGAUGUAAUUGGCAGUUUUCAGUGAUGCAAAUUUUACAAGUUCAAAUGUCAUCAAACAUUGGAUAUUGAAGUAAAAGUUUGGUUUAAAAUAAAGCUCACUGAAAUUUA